GCGAACGUCUCCUUUUAUAACCUCAAAAAUGCGCGAGAAGUAUUACAGUGCUAUGGCGAAGUAAGCUUAUUUUUAUUCUAAAAACAGUGUUUAGGUGAACCAAUUGUUACUAUGCCGUCGAAGAAAAGAAAAUAUAAUGCACGGUUCCCAGCCGGGCGAAUUAAGAAGAUUAUGCAGACCGACGAAGAAGUUGGGAAGGUAGCCCAGGCUGUGCCAAUCAUAAUCUCUCGCACGCUGGAGCUGUUUGUGGAGUCUCUGUUGAACAAAGCCCUGCAGGUGACAACGCAGAGAAAUGCCAAGACCCUAAGCCCAUCUCACAUCAAGCAGUGCAUACUAGCAGAAUCGCGGUUUGACUUCCUUCGAGACUUGGUGAAAAACAUUCCCGAUGUAACAGCAGCCGAAGAAAGAGACAUCAUGAGCAGGGAGAGUUCACCAAACUCAACUAGAUAUUCAGACACAACCGCCUCCCGGAGGGUCAGAGAGGAUUCAAACAGUUCGAGCAGCUCCGACAUUAGAGUACAAGCAACGACGGCCAAAGACGUUCUCAGACGAGCUAUAUCCCUAGAUGCAGACAAACCUAAGAACGAAACUAUAACGUCAGAGGCGAUAGAUUUAACAAAGAAACCAGGUGACAAGCCGAUAGUGUCGGCGAACUUUUACCAAGAAACUCAGCCCGUAGAUGAAGUACAGCAUAGAAGUGUUAUAACAUUAAAUCCCACAUAUGCAAGUCCGCAGCCCUCCACGUCUAAUUAUACAGGUUUCAAAAGAGUAAUGAGUUACACAGAGCCAAUAAAUUACCCUUCGUACGUAGAGAAAGAUGCAACGCCAAUACUAAAAAUAGACUUUACAAAAAGUCUCUCCCUUCCCGAGAUCAAAGUCCUGGACAACGCUGUCGCCAGCAUUGCCAGUGUGCCCAAAGAAGAGAAGAAGUUGCAUAGGCAGAACUCCAAAAAGUCUGAAGUGAAGAAACUCGAAACUAUACCUAAAACGUUACUACCUCCCAGAGUCGAUAUUGACCAUUUGAAUUCGGGAAACCUACAAAUUGACGAAGACUACGAUACCUGAAUUAAUUUUUGUGAAGUAACUUUUCGUUGUUUUCUUUUGUAUUCGAAGUGAAACUUCCGUUGGCUUGACGGGCAAAUGGUUAUUUAAAUGGAAAAAAUGUUUGAAGCUUUGUAUUUAAUUUGAAGGUAGGAAAAACUUUUUUGUUAUGCUCAGUGACUAUUUUUCUCGUCGUACAACAGUGAAUCCAGUUAAAAUACAUUAUAAAAAAAAAAAAAAGUGGCUAAGAAGCACCCUACAUCGAGUGCAAGCGGCGCGGUGCGCCGGCGGUACAAGUUCAAUCAAUUGCAGUCCUUUUAAUUUUAUAAGAUGCUUCCAAAAUUCUUAAUGCAGAAAUUACUUUUUUUUUAUAUUUAUAGACGAGCGCUUGACUGCAGUCACACCUGAUGGUAAGUGAUGAUGCAGCCUAAGGUGGAGCGCGCUGGCCUAGAGGAUGCCUAUUCACUCUUGAUUUGAUGUAAGGAGUAAUAGGAAGGGGGCAGUUGUACGAGGCGCUACGUUCAUUGCCUCCACGAUUUAAGAAAUUACUGCACAGUAGGAAGGCUCGACCGGAGCCUGCGGGGACGCCCGAACCCCCCUGGGAAUUGCCGUCGGGUCCUCUCUCCGGUCGCCAAACGACACGAUAUCACUUGUGAAGUAAACCUCUAUUGUCUUUAAUAUUAAUACAGAUAGGGUCGGUCAAUCUUCGACGAUAGAAAAACCACUGUGUAUAAACCGUCUCAUAUAUUUAAAAUGCUGUUAGAAGUGGAUUAAAGUUAACUGUAAAAGUUGUGUAAUGACAAUAUUUUGUACUAAACUACAUUUGUACAGUUCUAAUAGUAAUAU